AUGGCACAACGACAAGAACCACAGAAGCUCCCUACUGAGAAGGUGCAGCCCCCAGAGGUCAAGGAUCUAGACUCAAUUGAUAGAAAUGAGGUCGAUUAUUCCAACGAGUCGCAAUAUGACUUUGAUUCCGCCGAGUUCAAGAAUAUCCCUGAGUUAGUGCGGACUGUUGUUGGCUUCGAAGACAACCCAUCACUUCCAGUCUUGACUUUCCGCUCAAUUCUUCUAUCAGUGAUAUUCUGCGCAAUCGGUAGUGUUGUUUCUCAAUUGUCCUACUUUCGAACAAGUUACGCUCCAUUCCCAGUAUUCUUUGUAAUUCUGGCGUCUGACCCUCUCGGUCGUUUCCUCGCACGUAUCCUACCUGCCUAUAGGGUGUCAUUGGGAAUAUUUUCAUUCUCUUUGAACCCGGGUCCUUGGUCAACUAAGGAGCACGCAAUUGUUGGUAUUGCUGCCAAUGCUGGAAGUCAAGGUCAAUGGGCUACUUUUCUGCCCACGAACGCUGCCUUGUACUAUGGCAUCACCAUGAACCCGGCAGUCGCCUUAUUCUUUGGCUGGGGUUGUUCCUUGCUCGGUUUUGCAUUCGCUGCAAUGGUUCGGAAAAUUCUGAUAGAUGACCCCGAAUUCAUAUUUCCUCUGUCCUUACAACAGGUGACACUCUACCGAAGUAUGGAUACCAAAAACAGAUACGACCAGAAAAGAGCGCGGGAUCAGAUGUUUUGGAUAAUACUCCUGGCUACGUUUGUUUGGCAGUUCCUACCAGAAUACCUUUUUCCCUUUGUGGCAUCUCUGGCUCCGUUAUGCUGGUUUGCUAGUCGCAGCCACACUGUCAACUUUAUCGGAGCAGGCCGUGGUGGUAUGGGAUUGUUAAACAUAACCCUUAAUUGGUCCAAUAUCACUUCGUUAGUUAUCACGUAUCCCUACAGUGUGCAAGUGAUUAUCUUCCUGGCAUUCGUUUUGACGUGUUGGAUCCUAAUUCCUAUUGCGUAUUUUGGGAACCUUUGGGGGUCGCCGACUUACAAUAUCAUGUCUAACGGUGUAUUCCUGAAGAACGGGUCAGACUAUCCGUUCAACGAUCUAAUCUACCUCGAUCCGAAUGGCAUGCAGCAUUUUAACGAGACAAAAUAUGAUGAAGUAGGCCUUGCCUACUCGGGAGCUCAAUAUACGUGGCAGAUGUUCAUGUGGGUGGCCUCGUAUAUGUCUUCCUAUGUUUGGUGCGGUCUGUUUCUAGGCCCCAAAAUCCACAAAAUAUGGAAAGCUAGAAAGCAAUCAGGAUCUUAUCAUCAGGAUAGAUUGAGCCGAAUUAUCCAACGGUAUCCUGGUAUCACGAAAUGGGAGUGGGUUGCGCUUACUCUGGUACCAAUCCUAAUGCUUCUUGGUAUCGCUGUUUCCAAGACAAUCUACAUGCCUAUCUGGACGUACUUUAUAGCAUUGGGUUUUGGUGCAGCGGCAAUGUUACCGAUGAGCUUUGUAUAUGCUAUGUCGGGCUUCUCCAUCAAGGUCGGCUACUUCAACGAGCUUCUUUAUGGAUAUAUGAUUGACGUGAAGGGUUCAUCACGACAUCCUUUGGGCCAGCUUGCUUAUCGAAUUAUCUCCGGAAAUGUGUGGUACGAUGCUCGUACAGUUCUAGAAGAUCAAAAGGUUGGCCAUUACCUUCACCUACCUCCCCGACAAGUUAUCGGAAUCCAAAUUAUAGCCAACAUGUUUGCGCUACCCAUAAACUACGGCGUUAUGCGCUGGGUCAUCGCCACCAAGUUCGACUACGUCAGCGGCAGGGAGACAGACCCCCUCGGCCAGUGGACCGGUCAAGAAUUCCAAUCGUACAACACAGCUGGCAUCCAGUAUGCUCUUGUUGGCCCGCGGAGGCUCUUCGCUUCGGACUUUUUUAGACCCAUCCUCUGGGGCUUCCUUGCAGGCGCGCUUGCCCCCUGUGUAAUGUGGGUGUUGCAUAAGAAAUUCCCUCGCGCUCGUUUCGAUCUGUGGAAUACGACUAUAUUCUUCGCAUCGGCAGCAGUCUUCUACGGUAACCUUAGCACUGGGCCUUUUACGACAUUCCUCGUCGGUACUUUCACCAACUUCUUUCUCUAUCGAUAUAGGAGGGUAUUCUGGAAUAAGUGGGCUUAUAUCAGUGGUGCAGCGUUGGAUACUGGAUUCAACGCGAAUCUAUUGUUUAUCUUUGUCUUCUUGGGGACAACUGGUACCAAGAUGGUUCAUUGGUGGGGUAACAACGCUGAUAGUAUUGAGAGAUGCUUUGCGUUAUAG